UUAUGUGAUUUUAAAAGUGAGGUUAUAUUUACCUAACAAUUUGCUUUAUAAAUAACAUUAAACGAAGAAGAAAUGGAUUCUGAAGAAAAUUUGCACCGUUUGGAGGGUAUAAGUGACCAAAAAGGCGGCUUGAUCGUGAAAAAGAAGCCCCCAACGUUCAAAGUGCCCCAACCUUCUCUCUUGGGACUCGACCGUUUAGCGGCUGCAAAACGCAAGGAAAAGGAAGAAGCAGCUCGUAAAAUGUCCUUUUCAAUGGACGACAACGAUAAUCCUUACGAUACAAGUCCACAAUUUAAAGAAAAACCGGUGAAGGACAGUCGCAAAUUCCGGAUGCCCCAUAACGAGACCCCCACGUACACAGGGGGGAUCAGUGAGGAGGCCCGCGAACGUCUCAUCGAGCGUCUAAACUCAAACAAACAGAAGGAAAAGGGGGUUUACGCGACGACGAAAGACCGACACCGGAAGGACUCGCACAAAGACAGGGAGCGCCACCGAGACAGAGAACGGGAGAGUUCGCACCGGUCGAAAACCCCUAGGUUCCGAGACGAGCCCAAAACCCCCAAUUUGGGACACAAGGACGAAAUUUCAAAGUCGUCAUGGGAUGACGAUGACGACGUAGGGCCCUCGAAAAAGUCCUCGUGGGACUUCCCGACGCCCUCGACGUACAAGGGGGGCGGUGGUGAUUGGUCGGAGAGGAGCACCAAGUCGCGCAAGUCCGAGCGAAGCUCCCGCGAGAGUAAAAGAAGGAAGUAUGAGGACGAGAGUGCGAGGUUUACGCCAGCCCACAAGUAUAAUUCCUGGGCGAAAGACAGGAAGCGCAGUGGGGCGACACCCAUGCCGGGGAAAGAUGGGAUUAUCAAGUGGGAUAAUACCGUCGACCGGGAAUUAUGGGAGGAGGAGCAGAAGAGAAUUGACAGGGAAUGGUACAACAUGGACGAGGGGUACGACGAUGGGAAUAACCCCUUUGCGAGCGUGAGCGAGGAGUAUACGAAGAAGAAGGAAGAACAGUUGGAGCAAAGGAAGAAAAAGCGGCUUUCGGCCCAACAAAGACAGAUAAAUAAGGAUAAUGAGCUGUGGGAGAGGAACAGAAUGUUGACUUCGGGGGCGGUACAUUCCAUCGAUUUUAAUGAAGAUUACGAUGAAGAAUCCAUCGAUCGGGUCCACUUGUUGGUUCAUAAUAUUGUGCCCCCGUUUUUGGACGGGAGGAUUGUCUUCACUAAACAGCCAGAACCGGUCAUUCCUGUUAGGGACCCCACUUCCGACAUGGCCAUAGUCUCGCGCAAAGGCUCCCAUCUUGUACGAGUCUACCGUGAGCAGAAAGAGCGCAAAAAGGCCCAAAAGAAGCACUGGGAACUCGGGGGGACCAAAAUCGGCAACAUCAUGGGAAUCAAGAAAAAAGAAGAAGAAGAAGAUAAACGUUUCAAUAAAGACGACGACACUGCUGAUUACAAAACCGAUCAGAAAUUCGCCGAACAUAUGAAAUCGACGGAGGCCUCCAGCGACUUUGCCAAGAAGAAGACUAUUUUGGAACAGAGACGAUAUUUGCCCGUUUUUGCCGUUAGGCAAGAAUUGUUGAAUGUUAUCAGAGAGAAUUCGGUUGUUAUCAUUGUGGGGGAGACCGGAAGCGGGAAAACCACCCAACUCACCCAAUACUUGCACGAGGAUGGCUAUAGCAAAUACGGGAUGAUUGGUUGCACCCAACCGAGGAGAGUUGCGGCCAUGUCUGUGGCUAAACGUGUCAGUGACGAAAUGGGCACCCAAUUAGGGGACGACGUCGGCUAUGCUAUCCGUUUCGAAGACUGCACUUCGGAAAACACCGUUAUAAAGUACAUGACCGAUGGUAUUUUGUUAAGGGAGAGUCUACGAGAGCCCGAUUUGGACCACUACAGUGCUGUAAUAAUGGACGAGGCUCACGAGAGGUCGCUUAGUACCGAUGUCCUUUUCGGUUUGUUACGAGAGAUUGUCGCCCGCCGUCACGACCUCAAACUCAUCGUCACCUCGGCCACUAUGGAUUCGAGCAAAUUCUCCAUGUUUUUCGGCAACGUCCCCACAUUCACAAUCCCCGGUCGCACAUUCCCUGUCGAAAUCCUCUUCAGUAAAAAUCCRGUUGAGGAUUAUGUCGACGCUGCGGUCAAACAYGCCCUCCAAAUCCACCUCCAACCUCCAUCGGGAGACAUCCUCAUUUUCAUGCCCGGUCAGGAGGACAUCGAAGUGACCUGCGAAGUCCUCGCUGAGAGACUUGCUGAGAUCGAAAACGCACCAGAAUUGUCCAUUUUGCCGAUUUAUUCGCAACUACCGUCCGACCUACAAGCGAAAAUCUUCCAAAGGUCACCAGAAGGGAUCAGGAAGUGUGUGGUGGCGACGAAUAUCGCCGAAACGUCGUUGACCGUCGAUGGAAUUAUUUUCGUCAUUGAUUCGGGGUAUUGCAAGUUGAAGGUCUAUAAUCCCAGGAUUGGUAUGGAUGCGCUCCAGAUUUACCCAAUAAGUCAAGCCAAUGCUAACCAAAGGUCGGGAAGGGCGGGGCGUACUGGUCCAGGUCAGGCUUUCCGACUCUACACCGAAAGGCAAUACAAAGAAGAAUUGCUUGUAACGACAGUACCUGAAAUUCAACGAACGAAUUUAGCCAAUACGGUCCUGUUAUUAAAAUCGUUGGGAGUGCAAGAUUUGCUUCAAUUCCACUUCAUGGAUCCACCUCCUCAAGAUAACAUCCUCAAUUCCUUAUACCAACUAUGGAUUUUGGGUGCUCUUGACCAUACCGGUGUCCUGACUAAAUUAGGCCGACAAAUGGCCGAAUURCCCCUUGACCCACCCCAAUGUCAAAUGUUAAUCGUCUCAAGUCAAAUGGGAUGUACUGCAGAAAUUUUGAUAAUUGUAUCAAUGUUAUCAGUACCGUCGAUUUUCUAUAGGCCGAAAGGACGCGAAGAGGAAGCCGAUGGAGUCCGAGAGAAGUUUCAAGUUCCGGAAAGUGACCACUUGACUUACCUCAAUGUUUACAACCAAUGGAAACAAAACAAAUACUCAUCGCAUUGGUGUAACGAGCAUUUUAUCCACAUUAAAGCAAUGCGAAAAGUGAGAGAAGUGAGGCAACAAUUGAAGGAUAUUCUCGUGCAACAAAAACUGGAAAUCAAGUCGUGUGGUACCGACUGGGAUAUUGUUCGGAAGUGCAUUUGCUCUGCUUAUUUCCACCAAGCCGCACGUUUGAAGGGCAUUGGCGAGUAUGUGAACUGCCGUACGGGCAUGCCCUGCCACCUGCACCCCACGUCGGCCCUUUUCGGUCUUGGGAGCACCCCCGACUACGUCGUCUACCACGAGUUGGUGAUGACGGCCCGCGAGUACAUGCAGUGUGUCACUGCAGUGGACGGGCAUUGGUUGGCCGAAUUGGGCCCAAUGUUCUUCUCUUUGAAAGAAACUGGGAAAAGUGGAAGGGCGAAGAAGAAGCAAGCGGCUGAGCAUCUCCAAGAGAUGGAGAAUCAGAUGCAGGUGGCGCAGGAAGAGAUGAGGGCGAGGAAGGAAGCGGCGGAUAAAAGAGAGGCGGCCAUGAAUAAGGGACAGGAGAUUGUUUCAGCUGGGGCGACGCCGAGGAGGACACCGGCUCGAUUCGGGCUAUAAAUUUUAUUUAUUAUUUUUGUAACAAUAAAAGUUUA